AUGUCUCCAUACACCAUCGAGCCGCCCUGGACGCGUCGCCCUCAGCCCUGGCCACCUAUCGUUCAGGUGGGACUGGAACACUUUGAGCUGCUGAGAGCGAAGAAUAUUUACGAUAUAGACAACUUGUUAAACAAGGAAAUAUUCGUCGAAGAUUUUGAAGACCCACCAGUGUUCACUGGGGACUUAACCACGCUGAAACUGAUCCUGGAAGAAGAUAAAGUACACCUCAAUAAAAUGCGUGCAGGCAAUUUGUCCGAAUACCACAGCAUCUUAUACAGCGAGCAUCUUUGCACAAAAUUUAUCCAUACGGAUUACUCCAUACUAACGACCAAAACGAGAGAAUUUGCUUAUGAAAUAAACACAAGAUAUCUUAAAGGGUUUCCAGCCUGCCUUGCCUACUACUUGGCUAGCUCAGAUCUAGCUAAGUACGACGAAUAUUUAGUGGUACCAUUGACGAAUGCCGUGAACAAAGCAUUGAAAAAAGUAAAUGAAAUUGAUAGCCUUAUUCUAUACGACAACAAUAACUUUGGCAACUCCAUUGGAGUACUGAUGGACGCGGUGCAAAGAUCCGAGGACUUUAUUAGAUAUAAAGGCAACAGUUACAUCAACAAACUGGCCCACAACCUUUCGAUUUCAGUCAACCUUCAGCUUCAAGAAUAUAUCGAAAGAGUUAUCUCGGAAGUGAACAACAACGUUGGACAUUGUCAGCCCCUCGCGUACAUUUACAGUCAAAGCGCUUACUUAAUUUGUGAACGCCUAGUGGAUCCAAUAAACGCAUUUGCUAUGGCCACCCUUCUUUGCUGCAUGUUUCUCCUGCCUGUAUUGCCGGUAGCCCAUCGUCUGAUGUGCAUGUACCUCAAAAUCUGUCCCUCUCCGAUUGUCACUCAACUAGCAGCAGCUGCAGCAGCAGCAGAAGCUGCAGAAUCAGCAAAAUGUCCAGUAUGCACAGGGCCGCCGGUCUGGCUAGGGCCGGCGACUAGUUGGCCACAAGAUCAUCGGGGCACGUCUGGGCUCCCAGCUUCAGAGGAGUUGAGCACCAUCCGUAGCGAACAGCAAACGUAAGAAAGAGUAGGUGAACGAAAUGAGAGAUCGGUUUAAAUGAGUUUCAUGUUGUGGUGUUUGAAUAUAAAAUGUCUUUAAAGAAUAUUUUUUAAGAAGUGACUCAGACACUUGCUUCCAGACUACUGAUGCCUCGUUUAAAAAUAUGUUCAUUGGGCCGACCACUUUGCGAGGCAAGAGCCGCUUUAUACAGCAAAUACUGUUAAUUAAAAGUGCCAUUUCGUGAUAUCCGGACUCAUUUAAAUAAUUCAACAUAUUAAUUCCAGAAUAAGUCACUACAGUGAUUCCUGAAAUUGAUUAAGUUUUAGGUUUCGUGUGUCAGCGGCUAUCCGCGAUAUGUUUAAAAUCCAAAUGAAUUGGUUUCAAUGCAACCACUAAGUCCCGAAACCUUUUUUAUUUGCACAAAAAUUCCAAACACACCUUUUUUCACACAUCGUAUACACUUAAGGUUUUUUAAUCUUUAAAACCUUUAUUUUAGACCAAUUCAAUAAAAGGGAGUACUUAAAAGUA